GAGAUUUGGUCGGCAAUUUGGGCUUCAUAAGCCAAUCGGAGGGCUCAGGUGCAGGCUUGAGCUGUGCACCAUGAGACGCCGUUGGCUGCUUGCGCUUCUGUGCUCAGGUCUCGCUUUUGUGCCCAGCCGGCGCAGUGAAGCCCCGCUACGAAGGUCGCGGCUUGCGCUGUCCGCGCGCAAACGGUCCCAGGACUUGCUCUCCGGGGAGACCUUCUCAAGGAAGGCAGUCUUCCUACUGGAGACGGAGCAGCCGGGCCUGCAGACGCUGAUCUUUGGCAGCGCCUUUGUGGCUGUCACCUCCUUCUUCGGCCUGGUCUACAACGGCCUGGGCCAACUAGCGCUGCUCACCUCGGCCGGGGCCAAGCCGGGCCUGGAUGAGCCCACAGUACUCUUCGGAGAGGCGGUACUGGUGCUGCUGUCGGCGUUCGGCUUCAGUACUCUCAGCCGAGCCCGCACGGAGCGGCUGCGGCGGAUGGACGCGGAGCUGCGCUUCAGCGCGCUGCCGCUGAAGCUGACGGACGGCACCGGCCUCGAGAGGAGGCUGUCAGAGCUCGCCAGCAAGCGCCGAGUGGUGGUGCUGUUCGCCCCCACGGAGGAAGAGCUGCAGGAGAGCUUGACUUUGGCAAAGGCGUACCGCCGUCGCUGGGAGACUUCGCAGGCGCUGGUGGUGGCUGUGGGCCCCGCAGGCAACAGCCUCGGGGGCAAAUGGCUGGCCAUCGCGCAGCGCCCAGAGGUCUGGGAGCAGUGCUAUGGAGCCUUGCAAGCUGCCACAGGCCGAGAGCCCGUGGACGAAGCCUCCUGGCUGCUCUUUGGCAAGAGUGGUCGCCUGCGGGGUGAGAGCACAGGCCGUGACUUCGACCAGGUCCUCGCCUUCAUGGGAGUCACCCAGGACCUGUCCUUGCUGCCGCAGCUCUGCGGCGAGGCGGAGGAGGACAUCCUCAAAGUACACGACACCUUCUAUGAGGCGUUGAAGGGGGGCGACGCGGAGAUCAUGAAGACCCUUUGGGUUGAGGACGCAGGCGGCGACAACGACCCCCGGCCGCGGGUGUCCUGGUCCUCAGUCUUGAGUGACAAGGCGGCGGUUCUUGACGUGGUGGAUGUAGAUGUUGUGAGGGCAUCGGAAAACCUGGCGCUCGUCACCUCCAUCGAGGUCUGUCUCGGUGAGGGCGGCCUCUUUAACGACGGCGGGCCCAGCGGCAAAGGCACUCUGCUGGCGACCAAGCGCCUCAGCCGGACGGACGCAUCAAGCCCCUGGCGCAUCGAGUCGCACCAGACUAUCCCUUAUUGUAACAACACCGUGGCAUUCCAAUCUUUAGUUUGCAACUGCCGAGGGUGCGUUUUGCUGAAACGUACUUGAAACAUAAAUGAAAAACUAAGCAUGCA